AUGACAACUAGUUCUGCGCCUGAUGGCGAAGAACUUGUACAUACGAAAACCCUUUUUCGACGUUAUUCAAAAGGUCCUGUUAUGUUCAAUGGAUGUUCACCGUCCGGUGAUGUUGUUAUUAUUGAUAAUAUAAGCCAAAGAAAAUCGUAUAAUAUAACUGGAUGGUAUAUUGAACGAGAGACGGAUAGUCAACCAUUACUUCGAUAUAUACUUACAGGACAAUUUAUUAUUCCACCGUUGACAACCAUAGAAUUAUGGUCGAGCACAGCAACACCUCUUCCUGUACCGUCGGAAACUCAAGAACAACAACAGCAAUCGUUUGUUUGCAUUAAAACUAAAUUGCCGACAUGGAACAUCGCUCGACGAUGGAGUGUUACUCGACUUUUUGAUCAUACAGGCCGUGAGAAAGCUAUUUUUUCGCAUAAAACAUUGACACCUAUAGAUGAAGGAAAAAACCCACAAUAA